CAAAGCUUCGUCAUUCUCCAACGGCGCUUGCCUCCCAUCCUGUAUUUGCCUCCUUGCCACGCCCUUGCACCAGCCCAAUAAGCCCAAUAGCGUGAAACCACUGGCUGCAGUUUGCAACACAGAAAGACGCAUCGCUAUGAACAAAGUUGCCACCGCUUCCAAGCUUUCAGCCUUGUCCUAACCGCCUCUCCGCACUUGACGCCAAGCUUGCGAUACGGGUUGCAGCAUCGACCAGACACGUCCUGUUUCCAUCUACAACAACCCAACAUGGUAUUUUAGCCGACCUACCAUCGCAAAUAGUACGACUCCGAGCUUCAGAACCCAAACAAGAGUUCCAACCGUGGCAUAAACGAAGGCCGCAGUGCCGAUACGCUCAUACGCGUCAAGUCUACGAUGGCCGACAGCACAACGACGAAACCCACGCCUGGGUCACCAGUUUCCGCGUCCAUACCAUCGCCAGUAAGCCUGAGAUAUCGUCGCGAUUCGAUAGCAUCGGCAUCGACAAGCUCCGUCGUCGAUCGAGAGCAGCUCGCAAGCACCCUCGAUAAGAUUCACAACACAGCAAGCCAGUCCGAUGCUUUAACUACCUUCAACGACUUCGCACCGCCUCCGCGAUCCUCGCCGUCGACAGAGAACAAAGGGAACGCUGCUGGAGAUAUCGUCUCACAUGGCCUUAGUGGUCUGUACAGUCGCUUCCGCGAGGCCGUGGGUGCAGCUGGCAGUCCGGUCAAAGCUCACGACAAAGAUGAGGGCGGCCCAUCCACUGCUACACGACCGCCUCGAGCAUCCCUUAACCAUUUAGAUACGAUUAUGCCUACAUCGCCAACUUCUUCACAACCAACUCCGAUCUCCGAGAAAUCAUCAUCCAGCGCCUUUGCGUUGACUACUGCUGAUAUUCGAGCCCAGAGCGCCUCUAGCAAAAGUCUAAUGGGAGCGCCACUCUCUGCGUCAUCUAGCCGACCAAGUCUUGCCGCGAGAACAAGAAGUGCUGCUACCAUCGAUCCAGCUAUUGUCACUGUUACUGCUCAUCGAGACCAAAGUCGGAGCACAACCAAAACCGACGACAGCAGCGGCCACGACAGCGGCCGCAAGAGCUUAACGACUGCUGACCUGACGUUACAUAUGACCUCGUCGGAACCAGGAGUCACAAUUAGCCAAGCAGAUGGACCCUCGGGCCGACGUUCAAGACGAGACGAUGCCUCGAGCUACGAUGGUAGUGUGGAUGCCGGCUCCGUGAAUCAAAACCAUGGUCUCGCUCCGCCAUCCAUACCUCCCAAGCACCGCCAUGCGCGUAGCGAAUCAUCUGGGUCGGCUGUCACAUUGGAUGGCCCAAGACGUAUGCCCGCCGUCAUCGAUCGAAUAAAUCAUCCCCGAAACUCCACAUAUGCUGCCUCACGAGACUCCUCCAUGGAUCGAGGGGUAGCUGAAGCAAACCCCAUCAAUACCGCUGCACAUGAUUCUAUAUACCACGAUUCCUUCGGCAUGGAGGCUGUUCAACAGAAGAUGCCAUCGGGAGAUACGCGUAUCUCAGGUACAACGACAAUGAAUGAGGUCGCUUCUGAGCAUGUAAAUGCCCAGUUAGAGAGAAUGCGUAAACAGGUUAUGAGCAAGGAGUUUUGGAUGAAAGAUGACACUGUGAAGGAAUGCUUCCUGUGCCAGACACCCUUUUCUGCCUUUCGAAGAAAGCAUCAUUGCCGAACUUGCGGUUGCAUUUUUGACUCGAAGUGUACUGUAGAUGUCCCAGGUGAGAAGUUUGGCGUCCCAGGAAGCAUCCGGGUCUGUAAACGGUGUGUUGAGGCCAUCAAUCGGCGCUUUGAGGGAAGCGGUUCCGAUGAAGAUGAUUCCGGCGACGAGCACUCCUUUAUCCCUCGCAUAUUUGGAGGCCAAGCGAAGAGAGCAGAGAAUACGGGACUGAGCACGCCUCGUGAAUCGGAGGCCGGUGCAAAUUCGGAGGGGUCCGAAGAUGCCAGGUCUCUCUCUGCACCUAUGAUGGCUAUUCCUGCCACCCGCCGAGUCAACCGAAACUCGGCAGUGUUAGAAAUUGAUGCUCCUCAGCUGUCCAGACCUGGAUCAUCGCGUUCUCUCAAGUCGCUGGCGUCUGGACGACCAUCAUCCGCCAUGGGUCACAAAAGACAUCACUCCAAGCAUGGAUUUUUGGGACGAUUUAAGCCAUCUCACGAAGACCAUGCACCAUUCCGCAAAGGGAUCGACGAGGAACAUUCUAAGCGACCCAAAUUUCCUGCCUUCCACGACGAUAACAUCAUUGAUCCAGAAUUGGCUGAUUUCAUGUCUGAUGACUCUAGUGGCGAUGAGCAAAUGAGCAUAUUUGCCACUAUGUCAACGUCUGAUCUAGCGUCGACAAACUUCGAUAAUGACAAGACGAACUUGUCACCGUUCAUGAAUGCCGGUCGGAAGGGCCGUCAUCGACCUGGUGAAAAGAGUCUUAGUGGACUAAGCUACCUCAGUCGCGAUGAAGGUACUGGCCCAAGUAGCAUCAUAAGCCACAGACGAUCAAAUAGACGACGCAACCUGAGCAAUGUCAGUGGUAGUGUACACCAUUUAGCAUCUCCACGGCCGAAAUCGGCCAUUUUCAAAGGCCACUCGGCAUCGUCAGAAAUGCUUCAUGCUUUAGAUCAACAGAUCCAAGGCGGUACCCAAUUGACAAGAAGUGACUCUCUACGGAAACGCCGGAUUUCCAAAACAGAAUUGAACAAGUCUAGCUUGCGACACGUUGAUAGACUUAUCCAUCAACUGCUGGACGAUGCAGGUAUUCCCAAUCCUGCUGCAUGGCAGAAAGCGCUUGUCCCCAUCUUGCUGCAAUGCACUGAUGAUGUGUCUCCCGAUGUUGCAAAUGGCGAAGAUAUGGACAUUCGUCACUAUGUCAAGUUGAAACGCAUCCCUGGUGGCAAACCUGGGGACACAUCGUAUAUUUCAGGCGUUGUAUUCACCAAAAACCUUGCUCUCAAAAGCAUGCAUCGUCGCAUCCCAAAUCCUCGAAUUGUUUUGAUUACUUUCCCUAUUGAAUAUCAGCGUCACGAGCAGCACUUCAUGAGUCUGCAACCAGUCAUAGAACAAGAAAGGGAAUUUUUGAGAGUCGUCGUCCAAAGAAUUACAAAUUUACGGCCGCAUUUGGUUCUUGCUGAGAAGGGCGUGUCGGGUAUCGCCUUGCAAUAUCUGUCAGAGGCGAAUAUUUCAGUAGCUUACAAUGUUAAGCACACUGUGAUCGAAGCUGUUUCGCGCUGUGCGGAAACGGAAAUCAUCAGCUCGCUGGACAGGCUUGCGCUGCCUGUCCGGGUUGGUCGCUGCGCUGGAUUUGAGGUGAAGACUUUCGUUAAUAACGAUCACCCAGGACGCAAGAAGUCUUACAUUUUCCUAUCCGGCUGCCGUCCAGAUUUAGGCUGCACAAUCGCGCUGCGAGGCGCAAAUAAUGCACUUCUUGCAAAAGUGAAGUACAUCAUGGAAUUCAUGGUGUAUGUGGUUUAUAAUCUCAAACUGGAGUCCAGCCUGCUUCGAGAUGAGUCGAUUGAAGCCCCUGACGAUGGAGAAUCUUCAAUGACGAACUCAUAUCAUACUAUGAAUGAUAGCUUCAGGUCAUUGGGGUCUGACGGAAGUGCAGACAAAGUUAGGCAAGGCCCAGCGCUAUUUGUCCAGCAGCCUUCCAACGAGGGUGAAGUGCUUCAAAAUCCGAAAGAUAGAUCUUCCAGUGCAUCCGAAGAAACUGGUCAACAUCUACAACCAAUUUCGCUUCAUGAGGCACACGAAAGGGAUCACCAAGAUACGCAAGUGCCUGAUGAUGUGCCGAUGCCAACGUUCUACAGCGAUAUGGUUGCCAAAUACGAAACCAAGAUUCUCUCCGCCUCCCCAUAUGUGAAAUUUAAGCAGCCAUAUCUACUGAUGAAGGCGAGAGAGCAAGAGCGAAGACUUCUAUACCUCAAACGACUUCGAGAUCACGAUGUCGUCGACCAAAGCAGCGACGAUGAGAAAACGAAUCCUCCUGCAUUCCAACUUAUAAAGCCAGAAAUGGUAGAGCAGAUUGGACAGAAGGCAUCCCGCAACAUGAUGGAAAUUCUCCAUGCUGUUCAUGAUGCCGAAUAUGAUAAGGCACUCUUUAACUACAGGACACAGACUCGACAGUGGGAAACAUAUAUCCAAGGCAAUUUGGAUCUCUUUGAUCCCUUUUCUCACCAGAAUAUUGUUGUUUUGUAUUCUGAAAUCUGCACCGAUACGAAGAUUCCUUGUACUGAACCCAGUAUUGUUGCCAUCAGCUUCUAUGACGAACAACACGUGUAUACUGGAAUGGACCCAGACUGCACUCUUGGUCAAUACAUCCAAGACUUGGCAGAAACUCGAAACCGCAUUUGCGAGUCCAACGGAUGUGAAAAGAAGCUCAGUGAGCAUCACAAAACCUAUGUCCAUGACGAAUCUCGCGUGACCAUCUUUGUUGAGGACUCCCCAUUGCCCUUGAACAGGAGAGCAGACAUGGGUGACCGCAUAACAAUGUGGACAUACUGUAAAGUGUGCAAAAAGGACUCCGAUGAAACUGUCAUGUCCGAUAUUACUUACAAAUACUCAUUUGGAAAGUAUCUGGAGUUGCUUUACUGGGGCCGUGGUUUACAGAUGAAGGGCAACAUUGAUUGUACACAUGACCACCACCGCGAUCAUGUCCGGUAUUUUAGUUUGGGAGAUGCUAGGAUCCGAAUCCAUUGGGACCCGAUUGACCUACUAGAAAUUGUGGUUCCCCGAACACGAAUUACGUGGAAGGUUGGCAAUGAUUUGAAUCUCAAAAACGACAUCUUUAUUAAGACAAAAGAGCGCUGGCUGAAAUUCGUCACCUCUGUCAAGUCUCGCUUGACGGGCAUUAGAAUUGACAGUGUUCUUCCCGAGAAGGCGGAUCUAUGCAAAGCCGAGGUUGAUGUUUUAACCAAAAAGGUCAACGACGAGCAAAUUGCAAUUAUUUCUCGUCUCGAGGACAUCUAUGCACAGUCAAAGUACUAUGAAGUGGUGCCGUUUAAUAGCUUGGUGAGAGACAUGUUGGAAAUUGCCAGCGAAUGGGAUGAAGCGUUUGCAAACUUUGAAGCCGAUUACUUGGGCGAGAAGGAUAUACGACAACUCACAAUGCUUCAACUCAAGAAAAUGUUUACAGAUCAUGAGUCAAAGGAGUCGGUUGCCUCGAGCGAUGCUGCACCAUCAGUUACUGAUAGUGACGGCCGUCCGUCUCAGACGUUCUCCGAAGUUGACGACAAUAAAACAACACAGCCAACGGAGUAUACUGAUAGCGGUAUGGAAGGAAGCUCAACGUAUACUCCUUUAGAUGAAAAAUACUCAAUAUCUGAAAUGCCGGAAGAGGAUAAAGCGCUUAUUCCUGCCGAGGGCAUAUUGGAGAGAGUCGAACCAUUGGACCUUGCUUCUUCCCCAACAACAGUGAUGAGCACACCAUCUACUACCGUAUCCAAUGCCUCACCAGAAGAUUCAAGACCCGGGCGACCCUCCGUAACGCCUCUGUCGACUGGGCGAAGUCCUACCCUCACUGAAAAGAUUACACAGCUUCGUCGAGAGCAGGCAUCGCAAUCAAAGGCCACCGGCGAAGCAUCUAGCCCUGAAGAUGCCAGACAGGUAGCUGAAUCUGGAGCAGCGCGGGUUUCAGAUACGAGCGUUUCACCACCAUUAGUUCGUGCAUCAUCACAUCCAGCAAGGGCUCUUAGCCGAACCCGGUCCUCUCUUGGCCAGGCCAGUAAUGAUGCAAAGUCUAACCAAGACAGUGUCCCCGAUUCUCCCCUCGAAGGAUCUAUUAAAGUAGACAAGAAGCUCUCUGAGAGGCUUGGAUUAGCCGCUUUGAAAAACAGAGGCAAGACGUCUGUUUCAAAUAUUCCACGAUUGGUGCAGAAGAAGCGGGAAUCCAAGGUCUCAACCAUUGCUCGCCAUUUCGAACAACUCAGUCGUGAAUUCGAGAAGCAAAGAAUCAAAGAUCGCAAAAUGCGAGCUGCAAGCCUACGACAGCCACGAAUGAUGCUAGCUAGAAGCUCCACGCGUGCUACAGUUCAAGUGUAUGACGACGUACAUGAAGCGUUUGAGGAGGCUGCCGCAUCGAACGAGGCUGUCGUUGAUGCUAAAGGAGAUCCGAAGACAAUGCCACCCAACAAACAGCCAGGCCCGACGGUAUUGCCUGACGACAUAUUGACAGAAUCUCCCGGUGAAUUCCCAUCCCGAACAGACUAUACUGAAAGGGAUGUUGAUGAGUCAGUGAUGGCAACGAGCCAAGUAGGGUCUGACGAUGAAGGUGGCAGCGAUGAUGACGCAACUGUCGCCGACGAGUUUCUUCCCGAUAUCAAAGAAAUAGCGGAUGCCACCUCUGAAAUUCCACUGGAGCUGCCGAAACACCAAAAGACAAGCCUAAUGAAGUAUCUUACGACCUUUUGGGCUGAGCGAUCAGCAAUAAGCUGGGAGCCUCUUGAAUAUCCGGUCAACGCAACUGAUCACAUAUUUGUAGAUUCUGAUAUUAUUGUUCGUGAGGACGAGCCAAGUUCUGUCAUUGCAUUAGCGCUCAACAGCGAUGACUACCAAACCAAACUGGACCACAUUCGACGAGAAGCGCAGGAAAUCAUUCAGCGUGAAGGGGAUACUUGCACUUAUACCGAACCAAAAGCAGCGCCAGUCUCCGAAGCGUCAGAUUGGUUUCUGGAAGAGGGUGACCUUGAAAAUAGCUUGCUGCGAUCUACUGGAACCCAUUUGAAAUAUCAAUUCAAAGAAGGCCAGGCCAUUAUGACGUGCAAAAUAUUCUAUGCUGAGCAGUUUGAUGCGCUCCGACGAAAAUGUGGUGUUGCAGAGCGAAUUGUUGAGUCCCUUUCGCGCUGUCUGAAAUGGGAUUCCAAAGGAGGAAAAACCAAAUCCGUCUUUCUCAAGACCUUGGACGAUCGUCUAGUCUUGAAAUCACUUUCGCCUGUAGAGACCAGCGCGUUCCUUCGAUUUGCUCCUGGGUACUUCAACAUUAUGGCCGAAGCUCUCUUCCAUGACCUUCCGUCUGUCAUUGCCAAGAUGUUUGGUUUCUUUCAAGUUAUUAUCAAGAAUCCUGUGACUGGGGCAGAUAUCAAACUUGACCUGGUGAUAAUGGAGAACUUGUUUUAUGACAGAUCGCCGUCUCGAAUCUUUGAUUUGAAGGGUUCCAUGCGCAAUCGCAAGAUUCAAUCAACCGGCGAACAGAAUGAAGUGUUGUUGGAUGAGAACAUGGUGGAAUACAUUUACGAGUCGCCCUUGUUUGCACGAGAGCACUCUAAAAAGCUCCUUCGGGCAUCAGUGUGGAACGACACGCUCUUCCUGGCGAGACAAAACGUGAUGGACUAUUCGCUCAUGAUUGCCGUGGAUGAGGCAAGAAAGGAGCUGGUGGUUGGCAUUAUUGACUGCAUCAGAACAUACACUUGGGAUAAGAAGCUGGAAAGCUGGAUCAAAGAUCGCGGCUUUGCGGGAGGUGGUCGCAAUAGGCCAACGGUUACAAGUCCAAAGGAAUACAAGACUCGAUUUAGAGAGGCCAUGGCACGAUAUAUUCUACAAAGCCCCAACUGCUGGCAUUUGUUUAAUAAUCCACAAUACCCUGCGAAUUUUGGACGAGCACGAUUCGAGGAGCAGCCAGAAACAGCAUCUUGAAAAGAUGCGGCGUAGACUAGGAGUUGCUGAAUGGGCGAGUUGUAUUUGGCGUUCUCCGCAGUGUGAUUAGAGAGAACAUAUAUUUGCAUAUUGACGAGUUUAUGAAUUCAUGAAUUAUAUUUUUCUUAUUAUU